AUGGGUAGCCUCAAAGGGAGAUUCUUAAGGUUUUUGUUUCGGAACGUGUACAAAACUCCGUGGGAGGGGGCACAGACGGCUGUACACGUUGCGCUGGACAAAAGGGCUGGUGAAGUGAGCGGAGAGCUGUUUAAAAACUGCAAGCUGAUAGGACACAAGCGGGGUGAGCACAGCGGGAAAGUGUCGAAGCAACUGAGGGAAGAGUCCGUGAGGCUGGUGAAGAUGAGCGGCGAGGAAUUCGAUCGGUGCUUCACAGUACUA